GGAAGCUAUUGCGCUUUGUUUCGCUGCCUUGCUCGCUGCGUAGUUGCCACAAACGGGCUUGGGGUCGAGGAGGUGCGAAAUCCCGAACUCGCACAGACUUCUGCAGCGGAGUGAAGGGAGGCGCAGCUUCGCAGUUAGGGCUGCGCUUGGCCUCCCCGCGGCCUCACGACAUACAGAAGGUCAAAGUGAACGCGACGGAGCACAGCGGCCGGGCUCAGGAGCGUCCUACGAGGAGUCGGCAUCAGCGGCAUUUCGAAUCUGGCCUCUCCGCGCUCGCACCUGGAGCGUCGCCGUAACCCGCUGCUGAGCGCGCUGGGUUUAGCUAUAUCAUAGGUGUAUUGGGCUCUCAGGCACCUGCGAAAAUCGUGCCGGUGAGAAGCUUCGGCUUGCGCAGGCACGGCGUGCCUCCCGAACCCAGCUUGGUCCCGCGCCCACCACCUCCCUUUCCCCUCGCACCCCGCAUCCGCCCCUCCCCACACUGCUGCCAUCCGUCGAUUCCAUCAUGUGUUGUGGCAAUCAUCACCUCCUCAAAGCCCGCUUCAUUUGCCCCUCCUCCUCGCCACGCACUGUCAACCUGGCCGCCUCAACGGUCGUCCUCUUCAGUGCAGCCGUGCAGUACAACUCGCUGCUGGCCGCCAGUGGCCAGGAGGAUGCGUUGCCUCCACGCGCUCCUUCAGGGCACGGCCUGCAGCUGCAGAUUAGUGCGCGCUAAGCUCACUAGUCUUCUUGUUCUUGAUUGUAGCCUGGGCUUGCAGCACACAGUUGCGAGCCAUUAGACAGACACGGCGGCGCUCAGACUCCCGCACCGCCACGGCCUCGGGGAGGCUUGGGGUUGCCCUUGGGUUUCGUGCCGGUGCUGGGCGUGCUGGGGUCGGGCUCCAUGGAUCCGGCCUGCACGUGUCGAACCCGAGUUCAAAUCCCGUCAGGCUGUCGCCCCCUUCACUCCGCUGCAGAAGUCUGUGCGAGUUCGGCCGAGACCCUCAUCGGCGCCCCUGCCCAGCCGCACGUUUCGCCCCCAAACUUGAUGUCAACCUCUCCAAUUUGAGCCCCGCUUUCCACAGCGUCAAGCCCUAAUAUCAGGCGAGGCCUGGCGAGGUUUUGCCCGCACCCCCGUCCGCUUAGGAGUACGGCAGAGCCCCGGAAUCUAUGUCCUUGCGCGUCCGCUUGGCAUGCAGGUCUGUACCCUGUGAAGCUUAGGUGACCUGGUGACUAGCUGGGCUUGGUUGGACGGCCAAAGCCCCUUGUCUCGCGUUGUGCCCCCACAUGCGAACACACCUUGGAGUGUCCUAGCGCCCGGGCUCUUGCUAUGGUGAAAGCGCUACGUUUGAUUUCUGUUGGAUGCGGGCGGCGUGGGCAGGGUGCGUGUGUGGGGGCAACAUGCGACAAUGGACAAGGCGAAGUUCGGUCAAGGGCUUUUGGAUGGCCCUGCGCCUUCUGGGCCAUAUGCAUAUAUGCAUAUAGA